AUGGCAACUUUAAAUGAAAAAAAGACCUGCAGCGAACGGAUGGAAAAUUUCCGUCGUUUUGUCUGGAAUCCAGAAACAAAGCUCUUCAUGGGAAGGACCUUAAUUAACUGGGUGUGGAUCAGCCUGUACUACCUGGCUUUCUAUGUGGUGAUGUCAGGGCUGUUCGCGCUCUCCAUCUAUUGUUUGAUGAGGACAGUGAAUCCAUACGAACCGGAUUACCAAGACCAGCUGAAAUCCCCAGGUGUAACGUUACGACCUGAUGUUUAUGGGGAUAGAGGACUACAAAUUUAUUACAACGUAUCUGACAACAAAACCUGGGAAGGUUUAGUGACAACUCUUCAGACUUUUCUAACAGCAUACACACCAGCUGCUCAGCACCUGAACAUCAACUGCACCAGUGACACCUACUUCUUCCAGGAUGCCUUUGAUGGCCCGAAUAAAACAAAACUAUCCUGCAAAUUUACCUCAGAUAUGCUUCAAAACUGCUCUGGCAUCACAGAUCCGACUUUUGGAUUUCCAGAAGGAAACCCCUGCUUUAUUAUAAAAAUGAACAGGAUUAUCAACUUUCUCCCCGGCAACGGCACUGCACCAAGGGUGAACUGCACGUAUGGUGACGAGCCUCGCCUCCUGGAAGUGGAUUACUACCCUGUGAAUGGCACCUUCAACCUGCACUACUUCCCCUACUAUGGAAAAAAGUCACAGCCCAGCUACAGCAAUCCUUUGGUAGCUGUGAAAUUUCUCAACAUUACGAGGAAUGUAGAACAUAGAAUAGUGUGCAAAGUCAUUGGAGCUGGAAUUACCUUUGAUAAUGUUCAUGAUCCAUAUGAAGGAAAAGUGGAAUUUAAAUUUAAAAUAGAAGACUGA